GACUCUCUUUGUGUACUCGCAGGACAGCAGUGGAAGACGCCUUCUGGGAAGGGAAAAGUUUUGUGCGAACUUUUUUCAUUCGUGCGCGUUCUUAAGGGGAAAACAAAAGUCAUGGUCUUUGUAAAUACCCUCCAGCUGGUUUUCCAACUCUGUGGAGUCUUGUUGCUUUUUUCUUUGUCUGGCUGCGGCUUUGCGGUCACUGAUGUACGAUGUACGUUGGGGAGGUCUUCGUCUGCACACUUUCCAUUUCUUGUCCACAUUUAUUACCACCUACCUAUUGACCUAUCGUUAUUUGUUUUUACGGGACUGGAGUGUGAUGGGAAGGGCCUGGGCUUUUUUUUUUUUUUUUUUAUAUUUGAUAUUGGCUGCUUGCGGGUGCACAUCAUCAUAUCGGGAGGGGCUGCACAUUUUACCUCGCACCCUGCGGAGUUGAGUCGGAUACUCUUUGAUAGUUAGAAGCAUGAGAGUCGAUUGGCUCUGACGAUGACCAAUACUAUGUGUUAUCAAUCUUGAAGCCUUUGUUUAGUGGAGGGACUGAUU